AUGGCCGGAGAGAUGACGAUCUUAGGAUCAGCUGUUUUGACUCUCCUGUUGGCUGGCUAUUUGGCGCAACAGUAUUUACCAUUGCCUACUCCUAAAGUGAUUGGAAUUGACCUUGGCACUACCUAUUGUUCAGUUGGGGUAUUUUUUCCUGGCACAGGAAAAGUAAAGGUCAUUCCAGAUGAAAAUGGUCAUAUCAGCAUACCCAGCAUGGUAUCCUUCACUGACGAUGAUGUUUAUGUGGGGUAUGAAAGCUUAGAGCUUGCAGAUUCGAAUCCUCAGAACACAAUAUAUGAUGCUAAAAGAUUCAUAGGCAAAGUUUUUACCCCGGAAGAACUGGAGGCUGAAAUUGGGAGAUACCCAUUUAAGGUUUUAAACAAAAAUGGAAUGGUUGAAUUUUCUGUGACAAGUAAUGAAACCAUCACCGUUUCCCCAGAAUAUGUUGGCUCUAGACUGUUGUUAAAAUUAAAAGAAAUGGCAGAGGAGUAUCUUGGAAUGCCAGUUGCCAAUGCUGUUAUUUCCGUACCAGCAGAAUUUGAUCUAAAGCAGAGAAAUUCAACAAUUCAAGCUGCUAACCUUGCAGGACUGAAGAUCUUAAGAGUAAUAAAUGAACCCACAGCAGCAGCUAUGGCCUAUGGUCUCCACAAAGCUGAAGUCUUUCACGUCUUGGUGAUAGAUUUGGGCGGAGGAACUCUCGAUGUGUCAUUGUUGAAUAAACAAGGAGGAAUGUUUUUAACUCGAGCCAUGUCUGGAAACAAUAAACUUGGAGGACAAGACUUCAAUCAAAGAUUGCUUCAGUACUUAUACAAACAGAUCUAUCAAACAUAUGGCUUCCUGCCCUCUAGGAAAGAGGAAAUCCACCGAUUAAGACAAGCUGUAGAAAUGGUCAAGUUAAACCUGACACUUCAUGAGACUGCCCAGAUGUCAGUAUUACUAACAGUGGAGGAAAAUGACAGAAAGGGACCUCCGCCUAGUGACAGUGGACUGCCAAAGGACAAAUUUUCCCCAGCAGAUGACCCCCAUGUGGACAGCAUGUUUGGAGCUAACCUUUCUGAAAAGAAAAAUGGAGAGGGUCAGGUUUUAUUUGAAACAGAAAUAUCACGAAAGCUCUUUGACACCCUUAAUGAAGAUCUUUUCCAGAAAAUACUCGUACCCAUUCAGCAAGUGUUGAAAGAAGGCCACCUGGAAAAGACUGAGAUUGAUGAGGUGGUCUUGGUUGGGGGCUCAACUCGUAUUCCUCGAAUCCGCCAAGUCAUCCAAGAGUUCUUCGGAAAGGACCCCAACACGUCUGUAGACCCUGACCUGGCCGUGGUGACAGGAGUGGCUAUCCAGGCAGGGAUUGAUGGAGGCUCUUGGCCUCUCCAAGUCAGUGCUUUAGAAAUUCCCAAUAAGCAUUUACAGAAGACCAACUUCAACUGAAGUACGGAGGG